AUGCCGUUGGAAAAAAUUUUAAAGCCCAAUUCUAAAGCUAAUCAACCAUCCAAACCAUAUAAAAGAGUAAUCUUUAUAGGUGUGGAUGGAGUUGGCAAAUUUGUAGAAUCACCGGCCAAUUGUCCAAACAUUCAAAAUUUUCUUUCGACCAGUGCUCACACUUAUAAUGGUAGAGCCGAAUUACCAACAAUAAGUGCACAAAAUUGGGGAUCGAUGUUUCAUGGUGUGACUCCCGAUAAACAUGGUUUAACUAAUGAAUUAAUCGAGAAUGGUAAAACAUAUCCAGAAGAUGACAAGUAUCCAAGCAUAUUGAAAAUACUUGGCAACAAUGACAAAAGCGAUAAAGAAUUCACGUCUGCAAGUAUAGUUUCUUGGUAUCCAAUUAAUACAGGACUAUUGGAACAUAAAUAG